CAAUAAAUAAGGGCAAAGCCUUUUCCCUUGGUCCAGCUACACCAUGGAUGCUUUUCAGGGGAUUUUAAAAUUCUUCCUCAACCAGAAAACUGUUAUUGGCUAUAGCUUCAUGGCUCUGCUGACCGUGGGGAGUGAGCGUCUCUUUUCACUGGUGGCUUUUAAGUGUCCCUGCAGCACUGAGAAUGUGGUCUACGGGCUGGUUUUCCUGUUUGCUCCUGCUUGGGUGUUACUGAUCCUGGGAUUCUUUCUGAACAGCAGGUCUUGGAGGCUCUUCACAGGCUGCUGUGUGAAUCCCAGGAAAAUCUUCCCCAAAGGCCACAGUUGCCGCUUUUUCUAUGUCCUCGGCCAGAUCACUCUGAGUUCAUUGGUGGCUCCGAUGAUGUGGCUUUCUGUGGCUCUGCUCAAUGGGACUUUUUAUGAAUGUGCCGUGAGCGGGACCAAAAGUUCAAGUCUCCUGGGACUGAUUUGCAAAGGCAAGCCCCAAGAGUGCUGGGAUGAACUUCACAAAGUCUCUUGUGGCAAAACCGGCAUGACGCCCGCGGACAACGAAGAAGUGAAGCUGUCCCUUCAAGCCCAGUCUCAGAUUCUAGGAUGGUGCCUGAUUUGUUCAGCAUCUUUCUUCUCUCUGCUCACCACUUGUUACGCUCGCUGCCGAUCUAAAGUUAGCUACCUUCAGCUGAACUUUUGGAAGACGUAUGCGCAGAAGGAGAAGGAGCAGUUGGAAAACACAUUCCUGGAGUAUGCCAACAAGCUGAGUGAGAGAAACCUGAAAUGCUUUUUUGAAAACAAGCGGCCAGAUGUCUUCCCCAUGCCCACCUUUGCAGCCUGGGAAGCGGCUUCAGAGCUGCAUUCUUUCCAGCAAAGCCAGCAACAUUACAGCACCCUACACAGGGUGGUGGAGGAUGGUCUGGAACUUAGCCCCGAGGAUGAUGAGACCACAAUGGUGCUUGUGGGUACUGCCCACAGUGCGUAGUGCUUCCACUCCCACUGACUCGUGGCGUUCAGGGCUACACACGUUCUUACAUUUUCGGUUGCAUCAGUAGCAACCGGUGUAUCUCUGUGUGUUCUCACAGUAUUUUCUUGAAGACAAGAACCCAAAGGGAAGGAGCUUUGCGGCUCCCAAGGGCAGGCAGUGUCAGGAUGUGCUCCAACUGGUGCUGCAUGAGUGGUCAAGGAUGGAGAGAAAGGUGCUUUUCCGUGGAUGGGGGUUGGGGUUCAGUGGCUUCAAGUUCUUUUCUUUUUUUUUUUUUUUUAAUAUAAAUUGUAUUUAUUCAUUUGAGAGAAAGAGUACACACAGGCGGGGGGGGGGUGGAGAGGGACGGGCAAAGGGAGAGACGGAUGAAGCAGACUCCCUGCUGAGCGGGGAGCCCGACGAUGAUGCGGGGCUCAAUCCCAGGACUCCAGGAUCAUGACCUGAGCCAAAGGCAGACGCUUAAUGGACUGAGCCACUGGUGCCCCAGUGGCUUCAAGUUCUAAGAUUUUAUGGUUUGACAGCAAGAUUCAUGCCAGAAGUUCGGCCAUUCUGUGUAAAUAUUGGUCAUGGCAUGUGGGGGCAGAAGUGGUGACUUGUGAGUAAGCGAGACACUCUUAACAGACGGCUGUAGACAGCGGGAUCUGCGGUGUAGUCAGAGGAAAUCCUUGUCCUGCAAAUCUAUUCUACUGCUUUUCAAGUACGUAUGAAAUUCUACCAUUUGGAAUUCAUUUCCUAGGAAUCUGAAGACAGCAAUUCUCAAGAAAAACACAUUGAAAGGAUAUGAUGCCUGAAAUUUAGAGCUUUUCACAUGUUUCUACUGUGCACUGAAAGUAUGUCCUUACAGGCAGGGCUGUAUUAUGGCUUUUGGGAGCCGUAAGCACUUCUGCCUUCAUGGACCCCUUUCUGCAUUAACAAAUACACACACACACACACACACACACA